GUGACUUCACCAGGAGACCCAGCCAAAAGAGGAUUGUAUAGUCUCUCUGGAAUGAAAAGAUCAUCAGCUUUAUCUUUAAGGUCUAUCCCUUCUGCAGAAGGUAACAAAAGCUGCAGAGGUUCCUUGCAAAGUUUAGCUUCCUUGGAUGCCAAGGAAGUACCAAAGAUGCUAGAAAAUCCAGAACUGCCUCCAAAAAUGUGCAGAAGAUUACGAUUGGAUACAGCGUCGAGCAAUGGCUACCAAAGACCAGGGUCUGUGGUAGCAGCAAGAGCCCAACUAUUUGAAAGUGGUUGCUCAGUAAAACAGACUCCCUCUGGAAGGCAAGCCAAGGCCAUGUAUUCCUGUAAGGCUGAACACAGUCAUGAACUGAGCUUCCCACAGGGGGCAGUAUUUUCCAAUGUAUAUCCAUCUGUGGAACCCGGAUGGCUAAAAGCAACAUAUGAAGGCAAAACAGGACUUGUUCCAGAAAACUAUGUUGUCUUUCUCUAGUGAUAGUAAUGGACAGCAGUUUCUUCAUGGUAUCCAUGGUAACAAGCAAUAAGCACUGUGACUUUUUUUUAAUCUGACACAGAUAUGGAGGGUCUGCCAGCUAUCCCCAUGUAUGGUUGACUCCCUUCCAUUUCUGCAACUGCAGAUUAUGUAGCUUUGUAUAAGUAGAACAGAAUUUAACGAAAACAGUCGAGAGGAUGGGUUUUGUUUUUUCAGUCUGUGUUUUAAAACUGAACAUGGUACUUUCUCUGUCUUCCACUGUUGUUAACGAGAAAAUCACUUUAUUUUUUCCCCCUUUAUUUUAUGCACAAAAUCAAAUCACCUGAAAAUGAAUCCACUUUUUUUUUUUAAAUCUGAGUGACUGAUUCUCAGUUGGUCCCUUUCAUUUCAAGAAAAGCUUGAGCUUGUAUUUAAAUUGUUAAUAAAUGUUCACAGAUGUCAUUGUUUGUAAAAGCAAUAUAGAUAGGGAUAUAAAUUUGUUAAUUGAAGCAACACUUCAUCAAAGUCAUAUUUUUGUUUCAAAUGGCAUUUUAACGCGGUAUAUAUGUGUUUUGGUUUUUCUUCCUUCACUUCUAUGUUUUAUCCUAUA